AUUCACCAUGGCAUCUACAGCAGAUAACGUAUACGAAUUCUACCGGCCCUCCAGAACGUUGGCGAUUGUUGUUUGCGUAGUCUUCGCAGUUCUUACUCUUGUUCACAUAUGGAAUGUUUUUUGCUAUCGCAAAUGGUUCUGUUUGACUCUCGUCCUUGGAGGGCUCUUUGAAAUAGCAGGUCUUGCCGCACGAAUAUACUCGACCGACCACCUGCGCGAUCAAGGAUCAUACGGCACGCAAACACUCCUAAUUCUCCUAGCGCCCAUCUUCUUCUCUGCAGCAAUCUACUUGUUUCUCGGCCGCAUUAUCCGCGCUUCCGACCAUGCUGAUCUUUCUAUCAUUCGAACAUCAUGUCUUUCCAAGUUCUUCGUGACGAGCGAUGUCUUAUGCUUUGUCGUUCAGGCGUGUGGUGCAGGAAUGCUCGUCAACGCCAACAAUACUGUGGAUCAGAACAGUGGAGAGAAUGUCAUACUCGCAGGACUAGCUCUUCAGGUUGUCAUAUUGGUUACAUUCCUGCUUUGUGCUGGAAUAUUUCAUGCUCGACUUGCGAGAAGAGGACUCAUUGGGGCGAUUAAUCCAAACCUGCUUCUGGUUGUAAUGCUCAGUGAGCUCUACGCUUGCGCCAUGCUGAUUCUUUUCCGAAAUGUUUUUCGACUGGUUGAGUUUGGACUCGGGGAUGAUGGUUACCUACAGGCGCAUGAGUGGCCGAUUUACGUGCUUGAUAUUCUCUUCAUGGCUAUCGUUAUGGUGUUGUCAUUGAAUUGGUACGCCGCUGAUUUGACGGUUGAUCAUAAUCCUUAUAGACAACAACAAACGUCCAGUACAGCUUAGAUCAAUUUUAUAGAGCUGCGAGCGUUUAGAGAACAGUAUAAGAGGAGAUGAAGGCCUCACCACAUUGUACUUCAACUUCGAUGGGAGGAAUUGUGCAUGAGAUGGAGUUUACAGAAUCGC